AUGUCGAACAGCACAGCAGCAACCUGUCUGACACCUAAUGAUUGGUCAUAUAACUCCCUUGGACAGAGCCCUUGUACUGUUGCUUCAGCCCUAGCGGGUGUGUGUGUUGGAGAGUUUACCCUGUCACCCUUGGCCCCCGACUAUGUCUAUCUCGGCCCCUCUGUUGCAAAUGCCAAUUCUUGCAGGUGCAGCUCGGUGUACUACUCCCUGCUCAGCGCUUGCGCGAAUUGUCAAGGCCGCAAUUUCCUCAGGUGGUCCGCGUAUGACGGCAACUGCAGCACCGUUUAUCUUUCUGUUUUCCCACAACCACUCCCAACGGGCACCGUCGUUCCUCAUUAUGCUUAUCUUAACGUUCAAACUACCGAUACAUUCAAUGUCAGCCUCGCUCAAACCGCAGGUGGUGCUGAAUCCUCCCCCGUUGCAACCGUCGCUUCAAACACAGCAACUGGCUCCAAAACUGCUACUAAAUCUAGUACAGUUUCACCCACUAAAUCUGGCUCCGCAGCGAAGUCCGGCCCCAAUGUGGGAGCCAUCGCUGGUGGCGUUAUUGGAGGUGUCGUUAUACUCGCUUUGAUCGCGGGUUUCAUAUUCUGGUUAAUCCGUCGCAACAAUCGUAACAAAGCGCCUCCUGCAUCUCAAAUGUACUACGGCCCCGACACAGCGUCCUCCCCGCCCCCCAUGAGCUUCGGUGGCACGAGUACUUACUCCGCCAUGCCAACCCCCAAAGUCUACGAUCCUUCUGACCCCAGUACAUAUCCUAGCCAGGGCCCUCCAACCACCUAUACCCCCCCUCUGCACAACAAUGUCACCCCGAAUUACACGGGAGUUUCUCAAAACACCUUUGUUGCUUCUCCAGGACCACGUUACACUGGUGUUCCCGAGUUGUGA